AGUAAAACGCAAAGGAAAAAAGAAAAUCCUUCUUGAGAGAGGAGAGACAGAGAGAGGGGCCAGACAGGGGCAGAGGGUCUGGUCUUUUGCUUGCGUAACAAUCAAGAAUAUGUAAGCUCUCUCUCUCUGUCCUUCUCCUCUCUGAUGAGAUCUUUCAUGUCAGCAUGGCGCAAUCGGAACAACAACAACAACAACACCACCAACCACCUGCAAAGCCAACCCAAUCGUCCAACCCUUUCAACCCACAGAUGACGACGAGCCCAAUCUCAGUCUCAGCUCCGAACCCAUCAUGGUUCUCCCCAAAAAGGUUGCUCGUAAUGCUCUGUACAAUUAACAUGAUAAAUUAUGUCGAUCGAGGAGCAAUAGCGAGCAAUGGUGUCAAUGGUAGUAUUGGGAUUUGUGAUGAUAGCGGAAUUUGCAGCGCGGGUAGCGGAAUUCAGGGAGAUUUUAAAUUGAGCAAUUUUCAAGAUGGUGUUCUUUCAUCUGCAUUUAUGGUUGGUCUUCUUAUGGCGUCACCCAUCUUUGCGUCCUUGGCAAAGAGCCACAAUCCUUUUAGGCUGAUUGGAGUUGGAUUAUCUGUUUGGACAUUUGCCACAGCUGGGUGUGGAAGUUCAAUUGAUUUUUGGACCAUUGCAAUAUGUCGUAUGCUGGUUGGAGUUGGUGAGGCAUCUUUCAUAAGUCUUGCAGCGCCGUUCAUUGAUGACCAUGCUCCUGCACCUCAGAAAACAGCAUGGCUUGCAAUGUUUUACAUGUGUAUACCAACUGGAAUUGCUGUGGGCUAUGUUUAUGGCGGAUUUGUGGGAGACAAUUUCAGUUGGCGAUAUGCAUUCUGGGGAGAGGCAUUUUGUAUGCUUCCAUUUGCUGUCUUGGCUUUUGCGAUGAAUCCAUUGCAGUUGAAAGGUUUUGCUCCUUUAAUUGAAGAUUUUCAUCCAGUGCUUGCCGAUUCUUUGAAAAUUUUCAAAAUCUUAUUGUUCUCCAACUCUUUUCUAACUGCAGGUUCAGAUGUCUCAAACAUAAAUAGUUGUGUGAUAGUUUCCUCUGAUAAAGCUUCUAGGUCAAGCCCUGCAUCCAAAUCUUUGAACCAACUCUCAAGAUUCUCAAAAGAUAUGAAAGAACUUUUGCGUGAUAAAGUUUAUGUUGUUAAUAUUUUAGGUUAUGUGUCAUACAACUUUGUCAUUGGAGCCUACUCAUACUGGGGGCCAAAGGCUGGUUAUAGCAUUUAUCGUAUGAGUAAUCCAGAUUUGUUGUUUGGUGGUAUUACAAUUGUUUGUGGAAUCCUGGGGACGUUAGCUGGAGGGCUCAUCCUUGAUUCAGUGAAUGCCACAAUUAAUAAUGCUUUUAAGCUUCUCUCUGGAGCAACAAUUCUAGGUGCAAUCUUUUGCUUCAGUGCCUUCUGUGUAAGGAGCUUGUAUUUUUUUGUAGUUCUUUUCUCAAUGGGGGAGCUACUUGUGUUUGCCACACAGGCUCCGGUUAAUUAUGUGUCUCUGCGAUGCGUGAAACCAAGUCUUAGGCCAUUGUCUAUGGCUGUCUCAACUGUUUCAAUCCACAUCUUUGGUGAUGUUCCUUCCUCACCUCUUGCUGGAAUCCUCCAGGACCAUGUUAACAAUUGGAGGGUAACAACUCUUGUUGUGACGUCUGUUCUGUUUUUUGCAUCAGGAAUAUGGUUCAUAGGGAUCUUCAUUAGCAAUUCAGACAAAUUUAAUGAAGAUGGUAAGGAAGAAGUCUCCACAGUUGAUAGAGCCACAAAAAAGCCAUUGUUUGAAGAGAACACAGUUGAGGGAGCCCAAGACUCUGGUGAAGCAUAAGUUUACUUUAGUGUAUUCAAGUUGCUUUUGCUUCUCGAAGCCCCAAUGUCUGGAGGAUGGUAUGAUGACAGAACCUCUGCAAAACAAACAAAAAGAAAAAAACCAAAAUUCGUCUCUAGAACUUUCAAGGUGGGAGUUGUAAUACUGUUUCUGCCGUUUUGCCGUUUCCGAAUUGAGUCCUCUCUGUCAAAUUGUAUGCCUGAAGUUAUUAUGUUACUCUUCUAAAUCAAAUUGCUGUCCACAGUUAGAUUUGUUGGAUUGCUAGUGAGUUGUGAGAAAAAGAAAUGUACAGUGAAACUAAACAAGCAGGAGCAUUACAGAGAUUCAAAUUCAGGAUAUAUAUGUUUAUGUUGUUUGAGAUGCACAUUCCACUGUACAGUGUGUUCAACAAUGAUGUAAAUAUUUGCUGUUUUCUAGCAUUUCAAUAGAAAAACAGAAACAUUGAUGUUUA